UUAGAAGAUUUCAAGGUACGCCGAAUCAAAUACUUUCAAAAAAAUCUGAUCGAUCUGGCUGAACUACAGGUCAAACAUGCCAAGACUCACAUUGACCUAGUCAAAUCGGCUUUGGAACGACUGCGUGCGGUGGACGCACCGUCGUCGGACACCAGCAGCAGUACCAUGACAAACAAGGCCGUUCCGAGUGUCCCGACAAAUACCGAGCGAUUAUCUACCACCACCACCGGUCCGGCAGAACUGCCAACUCAGUUCCAUCACGAACCGAUGCCACUGGCUUCCGCCUUCACUUGA